AUGAGUGCCGCUAGCAGCUGUACCUAUCGUUUUAUCUCCAGUUCAUUGGCAGAUCUCCCUGACAGGAGAGAAUACGAUGUCAUUAUUCGUCAACAACCUGAAAGGGCCAAGAUGAGCGUUCCCAAUGAACGAGACCGACGGCCGAUCGAUCCUCCCCCAAUUCUACAGAUGCAAUGGCUUAACUGCUCAGAGGAUGACAUCAAGAAAAGUCUCCAAAGCCCAUUUUACUAUUUGGUAGCCAACAUUGUGCGAGAUGAUGACCCAUCUCAGCUAUUGCUUCCCUCCCAAGAAUACCUUUCCGGCUCCACCGUAUCAUCUUUAUAUCGACUCCGAGACAUUGACAAUUCGGAUGGCGGCUUUUUUGUGUUUGGAGAUCUCGCUGUAAAGAAAGAAGGGAGAUACCGAUUGCACUUUAGCUUAUUCGAAAUCACAGAAGGCACGGUGCAAAAUCGCAAGACACUGCUAUCAGAUGCAUUCACCGUUUACUUGCCAAAACGCUUCCCUGGGCCGCAUGAAGCAACAUUCUUAUCGCGCACAUUUUGUGACCAGGGCGUCAAGAUGCGUAUUCGCAAGGAACAUCGCCUCACUUCUGGUGGUAGAAAACGUAAACUCGAUCAUACAACAUCGCCUUCAUCCGAUGAUGGUGCUACCUCUCGGCGACCAUCACCGUCAUUGCAAUCUCCCCGACAACCAUCUCCACAGCAACAGCAGCAUGGUAUCCAUAUGGGGCGUUGGUAUGCAUCUACACCUACUACGGCUGCGGCUCCUUCUUUAACCAAGGAGGUGAUGCAUGCACGUGAGCCUGUUUUUGUACAACAGCAUCAUCAUCACCACCAUCAUCAUCAACAUCCAUCCAUGCCAUCUCCUCCUCCUUGCACACCAUCAAUGGCACCACAACGACACACAUUGCCAACACCAGCAUCAUCCCAUUUUGAACAUCCGGUGUCUACCCCGCCACCAGGACUUGCAGAUUACCAUUAUACUCAGCAACAUCCACCACCACAGCAAAAUUCCAUGUUUGCUUAUCAUCAUAACAGCAGCAACCAUAGUGAUGCUCCACCAUUAACACCACCCUCUACGCUUGGUGAUAUGAGUCCUCGACAUAGCAUUAGCACCAGCAACGAUCGAUUACCAUCAUUAAGUGCUAUCAUUGCCGAUAGUUUACCAAACACAAGCCGGCAUCUCCCAGCCCCGAUACCUUCAACACCAGCAUUCGGGACAGGCCGUGUCCCUAUCCACCACCUUUUGCAAUCACAUCCCUUUUAA